GAGAGAGAGAGAGAGAGAGAGAGAACGAAGAGAGUAACAAGACAUUCAUAGCAAUUAAUAAUAAAAAGAGUUGGCAGUCGUGCUUGGAAAACUGGCAUGGUUUUUGGAGGCUGGCAGUUCAAAGUUGAAACGUCAGAAAUUACUCCAAAAGACUGUUGAGAUGAUCAUUAAGGGAGACUUAGAUCGGGUGGCAGAAGAGAUCGGGCAUCCAGAUAUCUGCUGUUUUAGGUGGCGGUCUGACGACGAUGCUCCAUGCCAUGGAAGUCCCAAGUCAUGCUAGGCACCUCCUCCUGCAACUCAACACCCAGCGCACCAAGGGCUUCCUGUGUGAUGUCAUCAUCGUGGUGCAGAACGCGUUGUUCCGAGCCCACAAGAACAUUCUGGCCGCCAGCAGCCUCUACCUGAAGUCCCUGGUCGUCCAUGACAACCUCAUCAACCUAGACCAUGAGAUGGUGAGUCCCGGGGUGUUCCGGGUCAUUCUAGACUACAUCUACACGGGCCGCCUGACCGAAGGAGACCCCAGCUCCCCAACAGAGCCCAACCUGGGGGCCGUGCUGGCUGCAGCUAGCUAUCUGCAGCUACUGGACUUAGUGGCGUUGUGUAAGAAGAAGCUGAGGAGAAAUGAGAAGUACCCUCUCCGCCCCACUCCUGCCUUUUUGCGCUAUGGGAAGAUGGGGCCCAAUAGUUUGGGUUUAGGGGGAGGGGGCAGGUAUCGGGUGUCCACCCCUGUUAUUCAGUCCUGCUACCCAGGUGGAGUUGGGAACACCCACACGCCCCGAGCCCCACCGUUAGAGGAGCUGUCGCUGCACCCCCAUGCCACACAUGCAGGGGAGUUGUAUGCCCCCACCUCUUCACAGGGCCCUCAGGUGUUCCCCUCCACACCCUCAGCCCUGCCUGCCCAGCCCAGCCUGCGCCCAGCUCACUCUGACAGGAACUGCUCCCCCAUCUAUGGCCUGGACCUCUCCAAGAAGAGUCCCAACUCCCAGUCCCAGAACACGCCCUCCCACCCCCACCUGGCUCAUGCCCUGCCCCACAACGAUGAGGAUCGGGAGGGGGGGCUGAGCAGCCGCACUAGCCCAAUGCUGGGGGCCAACGGCGGGGCCUACCCCACAGAAAAGAUGGAAACAGCUGAUCAGGCUGGGUCUCUCCCUCUUCACUCCUACCCCCACCUCAACCAGCCCCUCGGGCCCCACCUGCCCCACCUCCACCGCUCCAGCUCCCAAGGUCCAGACCACUACCCCUGCCCCCCCAGCCCCGACACCCCCACAGAGGCUGGAGAGCCCAGCAGGGAGGUGGGCAACAUCUACCGCUGGGUGAAGCAUGAGCCACUGUCAUACACAGCUGAAGAUGAAGAAGAUGACGAAGAUGAGGAGGAAGGGGGUCGAAACGGAGACCAGGACCACCAGCAUCACAACCACCAUCAUAAGGCAGGGGAGGAAAGCGAGGAUCGCUACCGUAGGGCGGGUUGUGACGGGGAGGAUGAGAAGAGUGGGUCAGGCAGUGAGGAGACAGGCAGUAGUGAGGGUCGACCAUCACCCACAGGGGCCAUGGGAAGGUUCCACCUACCCUACGAGCCUGAGAGCUUUGGGGACAACCUGUACGUGUGCAUCCCCUGUGACAAGGGCUUCCCUAGCUCUGAGCAGCUCAACGCCCAUGUAGAGACCCACACAGAGGAGGAGCUGUACUCUGGAGGGGAGAUGGGUAGCAGCAACAGCAACCCCAAAAACAACAGCAGCAACAGCAACGGUAAUGGCAACCUGGGCAGCCUGUCCUACCUGGAGGGGAAGUCCAGCCAGAGCCUGACGCCUGGGGUCCUGGGGGAGAUCAUCAGACCCUAUCGCUGUAACUCCUGUGAGAAGUCCUACAAGGACCCGGCCACGCUGCGCCAGCACGAGAAGACCCACUGGCUCACAAGGCCCUACCCCUGCAGCAUCUGUGGCAAGAAGUUCACCCAGCGCGGCACCAUGACCCGCCACAUGCGCAGCCACCUGGGACUCAAGCCCUUUGCAUGCGACCACUGCGGCAUGCGCUUCACCCGCCAGUACCGCCUCACAGAGCACAUGCGCAUCCACUCCGGGGAGAAGCCCUAUGAGUGUCAGGUGUGCGGGGGGAAGUUCGCCCAGCAGCGCAACCUCAUCAGCCACAUGAAGAUGCACAGCAGUGGGGGGGGCGGAGGGGUUCUGACGGCCGACGGAAAGCUAAAGCUAGACUUUUCGGAGGGGAUCUACCCCCUGAGUAAAUACGCAGCAGAGCACCUGGGGCUGAAGCAGGAGAAGGCCUCAGAGCUACUGGUAGAGCAUGCCAUGGAGAGCCUGUUCCCGCUGUCCAAACUGGCAGCAGAACACCUGCGCCUCAACCACCAUGACAAGAUGGAUGUCCUGGGGAUCCAGGCCCUGCCCCCUCCCCCAGGGUCCCUCUCUGACUCCCACUCCCGUAUCAUUGACCGCUACUCCCCCAGCUAAGAUGGCCUUGGCGACCAAACAGUCCUGUGGGCACACAACUUAACUUACAGUAUUCUAAUAUCAUUCACCUCAACUUCAUCAGUAUCUGCACCUCAGACUAAGGCCAAUACCUGGCCUAAAGAAUGCCCACAAACUGUGUAGACUCCUAUAAGUGCCUUACUUUCCAAAGUUUGCAUUAUAUGCAUUUCAAAAACCUUCCUAGAAGAACUGUGCUAUUUCUAUUAUAUUUUGACCAAGGAAUACAAGUAAACAAGUUUUUUUUUUUACCACCGAGCCAAAAACAAAUUGAGAACCAAAAAGCAAUUGUUUUUAUUUAUUUUUUUGUGCGUUAUGAAAAACCAAAGAAACUGUUGCAAGAAAGUGUUGCAAUCAGACCCUAAACCUGUGUACUAAAUGUACUAUUGUACUAUUACUGUUGUAAAUGUAUAUAAAAUGGAAAAAAGCACAUAUGGACAUGAUUCAGGGCUCCUGUCCAGAACUGAAAGGAACGCUGCACAAAAGAAAAAGCCAAACCUUUGGGAUUUGCAAGUGAUUGGAACACUUCAUUUAGUUUUUGGGGUACUGGAUGUCCUCUGUAUCUUCCUAUUCAGUUGUACCCCAUGCUCCAGAUGUCCUAAUCAUGAGGGAGUGAAUAACGGAAGACAGCAUUCGCUCCGCCAUUUAAGUCAAGUGAUCUAUGCUUUGUUUUUCCACCGUUUUUACGUACUUCAUGAUCAUGAUGUUGUGUACAGAGAGACUCAUAUUAAAUAAUAGUAGCUUACUGACUCUUACACCCAGUGCCAUAACCCUUUAAACCCAUAACCUCUCUUUUGACUUGCAUCCCAGUGCCUUCAAAUUGUUAUUGAAAAGUAGCGAGGAGCACAACCCUGUGAUCUCACAACUGGGACGCAUCACGGUGCAUACCCAACAUACCCAUGGUGCAUACCCAACAUACCCAUGGUGCAUACCCAGCCAAUCCUUCUCCAUGGCUUCAUCAUCCAGUGGUGUGGAGUGUAGACUAAGCAUGGGUGUUGCCUGUGACAUUGUGUAAUAUUUACAACGGUGGGUGCAGCUGUACAACUCACAAGAGGAGAGCACAGAGAGGCCACCCAAGUCAGUGCCGAGAGGCUAGAGUCAAUUACCAGCAAUCAGUCACUAUCAAUAGCAGCAAUUCCCUCUAACACAGAUGAAGAAUCAGGACUGACAAUUGUCCCAUACUGCAGAUAAAUAACCACUUUAAAAACCUUUUGACCAGCCCCAUGUAGUCUCAACUCAGUCUGAGAGACAGAGGGCCGUGCUGUCAUUGACAGGCCAAAGUGACUGCUCCGCUGCUGCCUUAACACACACACACACACACACACACACACACACACACACACACACACACACACACACACACACACACACACACACACACACACACACACACACACACACACACACACACACACACACACACACACACACACACACACACACACACACACACACACAGGGACUGGGAGCUGCUAAUGUGACGACGUUGUGAACAUGAGAGCUGGGCGCUAGCUGCCUCUGACAGGGCUCUGCUCGUGGUGCGGCGGCAGGCCGGGCCGUCGGUGUGGGUGAACAGCACAGCCCAGCUGCUGGCCUCCCAGUCUUCCAAUAAUCCCUGUGAAAUCUCACAUUCUCCCUGACAAUUCACACUGUCUGUCGGCCUGACGGCCCAUUUCAUGCCUGCCAUCCAGCCCCUCUGAUCCACACCAUGACAAGACAUCCGUGCACUGCCGAGCCGAGUCCUACCAUCUGCCCUUCCAUGCUUACCUGCCUCUCUGCUAGCAGGCUAUCAAACAUGGCACAAUACAGUACAGUAGCAGGUCUCAAUAUCAACCACCCAGUUCCUUUAGAAAACAAUGAGCACUUAUGGUUUUGGGGUUGAAGGCACUUAUUUUUUUGCAAUUUAAAAAAUAUAUAUAUUCCAAGGAGCAUGCUGGCUUUUUCUUUUUCUACGUUGUCGGACCUUGUGUCAGAUUGGAGUUUGUUGACCACUAUAGUGCCAAUGCCAACCUCAGUAGGUUAAUGUGAAGACUAAAGCCAUGAAUGCACUGUGAUAGACUUAGUGAAUCUUAAAAACUUAGCUUGGAGACUGAGACAGUAAGCCCUAGUAUUGUGGGAUUGUAUUAAUGUACCACAUUAAUUGAAGGGCUUUAUUCUGUAACAUAAUGAGCAUAUCAAGGUGUGUUUUUCUGUCCCAUAUUUUCUUUCUCUUUCUUUAGAUUUUGAACCAAAGCAAAGUGAAACUGGUGCUUACCUCAGGACUGAACCCAGCAUGGGGACGCAACACUUUAGCUACACAGCAAUCAACCAACCAAACACACACGUACACACGUACACACGUACACACACGUACACACACACACACACACACGUACACACGUACACACACACGCACACGCACACGCACACGCACACGCACACGCACACACGCACACACGUACACACGUACACACGUAGAUACAAGCAGAUACAGACGUCUACACACAUUUUUAUUUUUAUUUUGAGGGGACAAUAGUCCUGUGUUAAACUUAUUUCAUGGUUAUGGGAUGUCUUACAAUUUUGUUGAUAACAUGUGAUAUUAACAUUUUCUGCUUUUAUCUUAAUAUUUUGUGUAAAUGUUCCUUUUUUACUGCCCUCAAAGAGGCUUUGUGUGGUUCAGACCAAUGACAUUAUCUUCAUAAGGAAAAGUCAAGCUGGUGAUCUUCUUGAAUUCAACAGAAUAUACAAAUGUACAUGUUGAUGGGGCUUGUAAGACAAGACGUAAGGCAAUACCUCUGGUUCCAAAGAAACUUAUAAACACUCUAUGUGAGUUAGGUCUUUUAUUUUUCACCCGAAGCCGCAAUGUUUAGUGACGUGUUUGGUUGCACACCAGGACUGAUGUAUUUCUCAGUGUUUCCCUAAACAGAUAAACAGUGGCUGGGCUCUGAGAGGGUGAAAGCUAUAGCCUGAAGAUGUUUGACCCAUUUCUCUGGACGGGGUUUGUGAGCUGAUGAUGAUGAUACUCAGACGAAGGCUGUGUGUGUAUUCAUACCACAAACACACUUUAAGAUAGCUUGUUUCCAGCCUACGUGGAACACAAAAAUCCACACUUGUCUCCAAAGUUAAUUUAGAAAAUAGUCUCCAGCUGUUUUGUAAUAACAAAAUAAACUAGUUUAAAUGACAGGGGCAGUGGACAAUUUCAAUCUUCUAUUUAUCAUGGCAGUAUGAGGUUGGCUCACAGACAUGUGAAGUCCCAUAGACAAGAGGUAACAGCCCAUUUGAAGUGGAUGUCAAUGGUGGGAAUAUACAUCUCUCCUGCUCAUUCUCUCUCUCAUUCAUUAGUUCAAUCUCACACUUUCCUUUUUGUGCACCGUUAAAACAAGAAAGAAUGUGUUUCCUCUGACACUCCGAAUCUGUACAGGAAGAGAAAGCAGGAUAAUGUUCAGCGUUACUGUUCUGAAAUGACCCUUUAUAUAAAGGGAAAGGGGAGACCUAGUCAGUUGUACAACUGAAUGCCUUCAACUGAAAUGUGCCUUCCGCAUUUAACCCUCUGAAUCAGAGAGGUACGGGGCGUUGCCUUAAUCGACAUCCACGUCUUCGGCGCCCGGUAAAGAUGGGUUAACUGCCCUGCUCAGGGCCAGGGGGGCCGUGUGUGUGUGUGCGUGCGUGCGAGCGAGCGAGUUUAAAGGGAGAAGUGUUGGGUUGUCUGUUUGUGUCCACAUGUUAUUUGAGUAUAUGAAUGGCUGUUAAUGUAUGCUCUGGGAAUAGUUCUGGUGUGAAGGAGAGGAGAGGUGUGGAGGAGCAGAAAGUGAACUCUUGGCUGGGCUUUAGUGUUGAGCAGGAUGUGCAGUGUGUUUCUGCUCGCAGACCGAUAGAGACACAGAUGGAGAUUGGGAGAGAGAGGAGUAUGGAGAGCUCAGCAGGGUGGACAUGAGCCCAUUGUUUAAAUAUGAAAGACUGAUCUUACUUCUAAACCUCUCCAUUCAGAAAACGUUAAGAGCCUCCCUAUCUUCUUUUUCUCCUCUUCCUUCCUUCCUUUCUUUUCGUUCUUUUUUUAAAGGGGAGGAAACCCCUGUCCACUCUUAUAUUGUACAGUGCUGUUCUUACUGUGCUCUACUUUCAGAAAGGUCCAAUGCAGACGUUUUUAUUUAAAUAUUACAAUUUUGGGGUAACAAUGAAGUACCUAACUGUGAUUGUUUUCAAUCAAAAUGGUAGAAAAAAAAGUUUCUUAGCGAAGAGCAAUUUCUCAAACAAGUCUGUCUGGGAGUGGUCUGAGUGGGGAGGGGAAAACUGAAAACGAGCUGUUAUUGGCAGAGAGGUUUGGAACUCUCUUUCUUAUUGGUCUGUUAACUAAUUUAGGCUGGCCAAAACUCCACCCCAAACAGCUCUUACACCAAAAGGACAUUCUCAUAAUUUUCACAAUUUCACAGUAUUAUUCCAACCGGAUAGUGUGAGAAUAUAUAUAUAUAAAACACAGGAAAAUCACGAUUUUGACUGCACUGAUCUUUUAACAACCACGUUCAUAAGCUUUGUGGUGUACUUUUAGCACAACCAGUUCAGAAGAGGGCUCUCUAUGACAUAACUCCAUAUCACCACUAUUACAGUUGACAUUUACAAUACAAUGUGUGCCAAGAGAACGUUAGCAUUUUGUUGACCGUGACUAGGGCUCAAUACAAGACAGGAGAAAAAUAAAGCUCUGUCAGUUUUAAUGCAGAGACAAUCUUUUCAUAAUUAUUUUAUUGGGAUAUUCUGUGCCUCAUUCUUGCCUUGCAGACUGACUUUGCCUUAUUAGAAAAACAAGCAAUGUUGAUACUAGCAUUCAAUGCAAACUUGUUGUAACUUUUCUGGUCAAUGUUCAUAUUGAGGUUUUCAUUUUUUUAAUCCUGUGAUUUUUGGGGGGGAAUCUUAUGAACUCAUGGAACAUGUAUAGGUAUUUUAACCCUAAGCCUGAUCCAUAUGUCAACUAUUAUGAAAUAACCCUGCAGUACAUUAGAUUAUGUAAAUGACUCUGAUGUCUGGUGUGCGUGUGCAUCUGCUGAGUGACCACAAUGCACCUGUCCAUCUGUGUUAUUUCUCUGCUGUUCCCACAGUGGACCUGUUUGAAUUAGAAGGGAGGGAGAGAAUUGACACUUUCAACGGUCUUUAUUACAAGCAGCUGCUUUCCUCCAUUUAUUCCCCCAAACUGCACUUUUCUGGAGAAAUCAUUGAAUUAUGAUUUGUAUUACCCUCGCGACCCCCUCGCGACCCCCCUCAAUCGCCUUUCCUCUCCCACGUUGCUUCCUCCUUUUCCUCCUUUUUCUUCCUCCGUCUCUCCCCGAUCCAACCACUGGCCUCCCACUUAUCCUUCCCUCGUUACUUCAAAGCACUGCUUUCCCUUCACCUCUCUGUCUGUCUCCCGCUCUCUUCUUGACACUCAGCACGAACCACUAGCCCACGCCGCCAGCCCUCCUCCUCUCUACUCCUCCUUCCCUAUUCCUCCUCUCUCCCAUGAUCAAGUCAUUUCCAGCUGUUUUUCCAGCUGAAGAAGACAGUUGUCUAAAUGUUUACGCAAACAACUACUUUCUUUUUCUUAACACCCUGAUCAAGUUCCAAGAUGAACUUCAAGGCAUGUGUUACAAUACUGAGGAUGACGGGCCAAAUACAACAUUUGAUGACGUUAUUAUGUACUUGCUUUCAAGUCAGGAAGUGUAUUACAAAGGCAGAUAAAACAGCAUUAUUAUUGAGGAAAUGCAGGAUACUAUGAGAAGGAAAUGCAGGAUACUAUGAGAAGGAAAUGCAGGAUACUAUGAGAAGGAAAUGCAGGAUACUAUGAGAAGGAAAUGCAGGAUACUAUGAGAAGGAAAUGCAGGAUACUAUGAGAAGGAAAUGCAGGAUACUAUGAGAAGGAAAUGCAGGAUACUAUGAGAAGGAAAUGCAGGAUACUAUGAGAAGGAAAUGCAGGAUACUAUGAGAAGGAAAUGCAGGAUACUAUGAGAAGGAAAUGCAGGAUACUAUGAGAAGGAAAUGCAGGAUACUAUGAGAAGGAAAUGCAGGAUACUAUGAGAAGGAAAUGCAGGAUACUAUGAGAAGGAAAUGCAGGAUACUAUGAGAAGGAAAUGCAGGAUACUAUGAGAAGGAAAUGCAGGAUACUAUGAGAAGGAAAUGCAGGAUACUAUGAGAAGGAAAUGCAGGAUACUAUGAGAAGGAAAUGCAGGAUACUAUGAGAA